AUGCCCCACCAUUUGAACGAACAAGGCUGGAAUCCCCUUGUCACCCCACCUCGUGAAUCACGUGACCUAACGGACCAGGAAUGGACAGAGUUAUUAGACCGCGAAGAACGUUUGCAUGCUAUGCAUGCUAUGCGCGCCGCCAGAGGAUAG